UGAGCGACUUCAAUACGCAAUGAAUGUAGCAGCAUCAUCUCCAUCAUCACGAAAACAGAAACGCCUUGGUCCUGCACCAAUUGCUUCGAUGGAAGAGACUGCUGCGGAAGAGAAGGUGCAACACAGUGAUGCACAGAUGGAUCACCAGAACAAUUACCAAUCACAUCGUUGGCUUAACGACAAGCCGUCGACCGAUUCUAAUCGUGGUUCACCGACUAAGUCCUUUGAUUGCCCAUCGGCACUUACGCCAGCGACACCUCGGAUCGACAUCAGCAGGGCAUCUUCGCACUCAUCUCAUCAUGAUAGCCGAGACAGCAGCCCAGAAAAUGUCUUUGACCAGGUUGGAACAGGAACACUUCAAGACUCUGGUGUGCUUGGAUUUCGAGAAGAAGACACAUUGGACUUGCGGAAUUCCACCGAGGAACUACAGUUCAUGGAACCGCAAAAAGGUACUCAUGAAAAAGAGAAACCAAACACGCAGAUAAUAUAUAGUUCAUCGCUCUCGCAAAGAUACUCGCCCAUUAUUUGGAAACUAGAUGACCAAUCCACGUUGUUGACUCAACAGCACCAUUCACAACAACAGCAAACACAACAGCAAACACAACAGCAACUACAUAAUCGCAAAGAUUCGGCCAGUUCCGAGGUGGUUGCAUUCCUAUCGAUCUCUGGCCGGACAAGUCGUCUUUCAAGUGUUGGUAGCCAAGGUUCGGCCAAUAGUAAGCUGUCGGCCACUUCGGCUUUAUCUGCAAUUUCUCGUUCACCCUCGCCUCACAAGAUGCUUCUUGAAACUUCCUUUUGCGGAGCAAAGCCUCUGCAAACGUUCGCCGAGGGUGCUAUUGUCGGCUCGAGUCUAGAAGCAUCGACGGAAAAGGUUUUGGAGCAGGUAAUAUUGUCCCGCAAGAAAGAUCCCACGGAAGCUGUGCUAGCGGAAGGUGUAAACAUCCAUGUCACAACCUCAAGUUUCACGUCGACCGAUAUGCGUAGCGGGCUUAGCAACUGCUUUCAUCAGCAGCCCGCGCCGGUAGGAGUCGAUCGCGAAAGCGAAGAGACUGGUGGCAAGCACAUUCGUCGCAAAUCCGACUGUGGCGCCGCUACUGCAGAGCUGGACAUGAUGCAGCAACUUAAAGUUACUCAAACGAGCCGCAGCGUCGGAAACAAGCGUCACAUCCCACCUAGGGAUUUGAAAAACUCCAUCAUCGGCACUAUGCCUAGUGGCACGGAGUACAUCCGGAUCAAGUUGAAGCCCGACCACUGCUACAGCGAUAACGGAAUCGCCGAUAACGAACGUAUCGUGGAGAAGACAAAAGAAAACGGUGGACACGAGUUGUCCGUUUCGCACGAUCACACUCGAGCUUCCGAAAGGCUCGAGCCGCAUCACAACAGCAGCACUACGAGAUCACCAUCGCCGGCAAACGUGAGUGUUUCGCGAAAGAAUUCGUUCUGUUCGCUUUUUAAGUUUAGAGAUGUCGGCCCAAAUGACAAACCUCAAAACCUCCAGCAGCACUCGCAACAACUGUCGCGUAAAAAGCGCAGCUCCACGGCAUCGAACGAAUCGGGGAUGAUCGGUGGUGGCGACAUGUCAACCAACUCGACACCUUCCAAGCAGAAGCUGGUGCUCAAGAUGUUUAAAUCAAAGCGCGAUCCGAAGUCAAAAUCGCCGUCUCCGAUGGGUUCUACAGCUGAUGCCAUCGGACAAUCUUUCCCUGGUGGUGGUAGUGGAGGUGAUCACUACGCAACAAGCAAUAUGAGCGCUGAACGCUCGCCGGGCACAACCGGCUUGCGCUAUUACGACGCACCUCUUGACGGCCAAAGUAUACACAUUCCACUACACACGCCUCCGGAGGAGCGGUCGUUAGCCGGCGGUUCGUUCCGCAGUACGACGAGUGGUCAUAAGACUUCAUCCCACGUACCGGUCGCAGAUAAUCACCGACCAGUGUUAGCAUCGGCUACGACCAGCCAAAGCAUUUUGAAGCACUCAAAACAGAAUACCACACCAAAACAGCAACGCAUUGCCAACAUGACCGUUACGAUACACGAUCGGCCUAAGCCGAUGCCUCCGCUCAAAUGCUAUCGAAUUGACAAUCCGGACGGUAGUAUUAUCAUACCACUAAAGUCGCCUAUCGAAGAGAAAACCGCUGACUCCCACCAAUGGGAGAAUGUGAUUGGCGAACUGUCGCAGCGCAUUGAGAUGCAAGCUACUGACUCUCGGGACGGAGUGGCCGUUCCAACUGCCGCCGGGAGUGGUAGUAAAAGUAACAGCGCCCCAACGAACCAUCGACCAGCUUCGCUCUUGUAUAAUGAUGCUGAAUCAGCAUCCCACUCACAGAAGCAGGGUUCCCAACAUACACUACCAGCAGCGUCUCUACCGAUUCCUCCACCACCACCACCACCUCCUCCUUUUUCUGCAUCUCCCUCUCUUCCUUCCACCUCAUGUGCAAAUCCCGUUCCGAUAGUGGCUAGUUCGACGAGCCGGAAGUUAGUGAUGGCCGCCGAAACUCAUGGAACACUACCGCAGCAAGCAGCGGCAGCGGCAGUGCUGAUGCGCCAGCGGCAGCAGCAGCAAUCCUUUUUCAAGCUGCGCAUGGGCUCCGGGAGCGAGGAGCAAAUAUUCAGCACCACGUUGAACGAUUACUCAAAGGAACUACACCGGAACAGCUCCAACGUAAGCCAGAGCUCCUCAGUGGCCGCGCUACAAAGGUCGAGUAAUGAAAACGACCCAGAACCAGGCGUUUGUCCACCCGACGGAAUCGAUGGCGACGUACCGUCUGGGAAACCGUUUGCCGGUAAUUGUAGUGAACCUCCAGACGAACGAGCCGUUAGUGUAACAUCAUCAUCUUCACCUCAACAGGUCCCGAUGACGGAAAGGGAAAAAAAUGGGGUGAAGGAGCCACCACCUGAGCAGCGGCAACAAAGCCAGCAGCAACACCAGUAUGUUACAACAAGUAACACGGAAGCAAUAGUCACCACAUCGCCGAAUGGAGAUUAUGCAGCGGCUGAUGCCACUGUAUCCCGUCGUAGCAGUAGUAGCCCAAUCGAAUACGCUAGUAGCGAGUACAAGAACUACCACUACCACCAUCAGCAGCACCAUUAUAGCCAGCCGCGUAGUCAUCGCCAAAAGCAACGCCACAAGCACCAGGACUCUGCUCCAACAAACGAGGACGUUCUAAUUGGGGCUGUUCCCGCAGAUGUGUCAUCGGAAAGCGAAAAAGACUCCGAAAUUGAUUCCGUGUCGACCACUGGUCGCCAUGCAGUCCGCCCCAAUAUGCUUACAAUCGAGGACCACGAAAGUGCGGGCCUGGUGUUUCAGGAGUCGUUCGACGAUGAGUUGCCGUAUAUACCGACUACGCUACCGGAAGAGAAACCUAUAGGUAUCAAGCUGAUGCCGGUUAAGGAGCGUGCUCAGAUAGACCUCAAAACGUACCAUCCACUCGAACGACCACGGUCGACGACGCCCAUACAUCCGGCGUCACUUGAUGCUUACUGUGACCGUUCAACCAUUGCCGGUCUUGCCGAUGCAUCUGCAGCCUCCCAGGCUCUCGGAGAGCGAGGAGCUUUCGGGGUGCCUGGAGGAGGUGCCGAAAAGCUACGUAUCAGCUUACCUGCUAAAAAGCCAGGCGAAAACACUGGAGCUUCUAGUGGUUCUAGUGCGAAGAGGAUUCUCGAACACCGCUCGUCGCUUGGUGCUAUCACGCUAUCGACGACGUCAGUCACAGCAGCUGUUAGCGCAGGCACAGCGAGGAGUGCUAGUGCCGGAGGAGCAAUGGCUAAGCAGCAUCGCACAGCGUUAAUGAUCCGGUGUCGCGCGCCUACAGAGGACACGCCAUCGCCACCACCACUGCCACCACGAAAAGCAACCGGUGUGACAGCCACACCGCCCGGGCCCAAAUGGAUAGACGUGGAAGCGUUACCUGAAUUGCGGAAAGCUCCCAAACGCAUCACAGCAAUACCCCAGAAGCCGCAACAACAGCAGCAGCAGCAGAAACAGCAUCACGACCACCAAUCGUCAAGUUCGCGCCAACCGGAAACCUCGCUACACAGACAGGAAAUCGACUCCGAUGGACAAAUUUACACGUACGUUAAUCCGGAGGAUUGUCAGUGCGAAUGCCAUGAACAUGAACGUUCGGCUGCCGGCUGGCAAUGCACACUUUCACACCGGAACUACUAA